CGAACCCAUUCUACGGACGCGUUUCUUCAUGUUAUGGGACCGACAUUGUCUGCCGAGUCCUGUACAUGUCCAAGACCACUAUUGCCAUCGUAGCAGCGACGUCUGCGCUUGCAGGCGCGUCGCUGACGGCUUUACUGUUUCCUGGCCAUCGAAACGAUGAGCCCAAACCGACUCCGACAUUGAAGGAGAGGCCAGCGGUACCUGCACCAUCAACUCCUCCCACUCCUGUCCCUGUCCCAGUCCCAGUCCCUGUGCCAGUUGCUGUACCAGCGCAACCUCCUUCAACUGCCAUCCUCCCUCCAGUCGAUCCUUCUGGUAUCCUUCGAUAUGGGUUUCCCGGCCCAAUUGCCGACACGUUGGCCACACCAUCUCACCUCUCUGCUUUCAAUAGAUUCACUCGGAACCCUCACUGGGUGGCGGAACAUUUUACUGCGCAGUCACUGCUACUAAACAACGGAUCUCGGCGAAACAGUGUCUUUUAUGAGGACUUGUCAAUUCCUUCAAUGUUUCGAGCAAAACUUUCCGAUUACUUUCGGAGCGGGUACGACCGGGGGCACCAGGUUCCAGCAGCAGACGCAAAAUGGUCACAAGAGGCAAUGGACUCCACGUUCGUCUUAAGCAAUAUGUGCCCACAAGUUGGAGAAGGAUUCAACCGCGAUUAUUGGGCUCAUUUCGAAGAGUUCUGUCGAGGCCUGGUUAAAAAAUACCCCAGCGUACGGGUGGUCACUGGUCCUUUAUACUUACCCAAGAAAGACGAACGAGACGGGAAAUGGAGAGUCUCUUACGAAGUAAUUGGGAACCCUCCGAACGUUGCCGUGCCCACCCACUUCUACAAAGUCAUAUUCGGGGAGGAGGCUGCUCAGAGUCCGAAAGGACCCGUGGCACUCGGUGCAUUUGUGCUCCCUAAUGCUGAAAUACCCAACUCCAAGAGCUUGAGUGAUUUUGAAGUUCCUCUUGAAGCGGUGGAAAGAGCCAGCGGACUGGUAUUUGCCGAGAAACUACCACCUGAGAGGAGGAAAAGACUUUGCAGGGAAGUCAGAUGUGAAAUAACGGUUCGGGAAUUCGACAAGAGUCGUCAGAUAUCAAACAAUGUCGGCCAAGGGUCGAAAAACACCACUCAAAUGCAGCAACCAGCAGGAAAGUGGUAGCCAUAUUACCAGAGUCAGUCCGUUCUGGGAUUGAAGAUGCCUGCCUGGAUCGGGUCGGCGUUUAGCAGGGAUCAGCUACCUAAGCACACCUUUUGGAAGCUGAAGUUCAUUCCGACCACUUUUCAGAUCUAUACCUACCCUUUGCUGGCUCAGAGGCGGCGUGGAAAAGGAAAUAAAUCCUUUGAGAAAGGAAAGGAUACGCUUGUCACUCUGCCACGAGAUGGCAUCGAGGAGCCCUAUCGACAACAGACGAGAAUCCAUACGCACCUGACUGUUCGUCUUCCGAAUCAUAUCCUCCUGACUGGCCGUAACACAAACCUCCGUUGUCCGCCGCGCAACCUGUACUGUAGACUUUAUGGCUUUUAUGGCGCGUGCUGUUAUCAGUGUUCAAAGGGAGAAGUUCUACCCAAGGUAUUGCCGGAAUCCCUGGACCACAAACUUCGGUCCAGGGAUAGAGCCAGGGAGAUCUGCCUUGUCGAUAUACUUUGGACACCCAACUGUGAGCGCGUGUAAUGGAUUGGCAGAGUCGAAAAAGCUUUCAGCACGACAAAUACAACGCCAAAAUUGAUCUCAAAAUUUCCUGAAGCAUUCUCAGAUCCGCAAGUCGCGCACAUUUCGAAAGAAGUAUGCGGAUGUAUGAGAAAGUGAUUUGACAACAUCGUUUCCCCUCUGCGGAAGGUGAAGCAUUCGCGAUUAAAUCAUCUUCUGCAUCUGUACACUACUAAGCCUAGCUUCUAUCUUCAAGGGUUGAACGUUUCUCCUCCUUUGCUAUGGUGGGUUUAUGGUCAUAUAUAUGGCACCUGCGAGAUAGCGCAGUGUGGGAGAGCGAGCAUGCGCAUCGUCAGGAUACAGUGCAACUAGGAGUGGGUGUUCUUAAGUGCGUUGUGGAAAGUUAGGGGAAAACAGCAGAUGACGUCGGUGCAACCCAGGUUGCCAAGCAAGUCGCUUGUGCUUCUCGGAAUGCUCAACACUUCCGUCGCGGCAAGUCGUGCGCCCGGGAGAUGCAGCUC